CUCCGCCCCUGGGCCGAUAAAUACGUAUAGCCAUAAAGGAAGCAACCACGCGUUGUGGCAUUUGAAAAUAAAGACUCGGAAUCAAGUCAUUGAAAUCAAGAUCCUUAUAGACGUGCACAUAUGGCAGAGCGGUCAAGUGAGGUAGCUGUUGCUGGAAUGACAAGAGAGGAAAAAGUCCAGGAUGAGAUAGAUGAGGCCGAGCUCGAGAAGAUAAUAAACGAUUCACCAGGAGCAAGUGAAGCGAUUAAGCAGAUUAAGGAUGGAUUCAAACAGUUCAAGACCAAUGAAUUCGACAAGUUUCCAGACUAUUACACUAAACUAGCCGAGGGACAGAACCCAAAGUUUCUGGUGUUUACAUGCUCAGAUUCACGAGUAUGUCCAUCUAAUAUCCUAAGCUUUCGGCCAGGUGAAGCCUUCAUGGCCCGGAACAUUGCUAACUUGGUUCCUCCUUUCAACCAGGUUAGGUAUUCUGGAGUUGGAGCUGUCAUUGAAUAUGCAGUUGCAGAACUCAAGUACAGUCGAUGUGGGGGAAUAAAGGCUCUAAUGUCUCUUCCUGAGGAUGGAACAACUUCUUAUGACUUCAUUCAUGAUUGGGUUAAAAUCGGUUUGCCUGCCAAAGCCAAGGUGAAGGCUGAGUUUGGGAAUUUAUCAGAUGAGGAACAGCGUGCCAUUUGUGAAAGGGAGUCUGUGAACUUGUCUCUGGAAAACCUACUUACUUAUCCAUAUGUGCGAGAUGGGUUGGCGAACAAAACUUUGCUACUUAUGGGUGGAUACUACGAUUUUGUCAAGGGGACUUUUUCCCUCUGGGGGCACAAUUUCGGCAUCAAACCCUUUAUCUUUGUUUGA